AUGGAACGGGAGUUUGACCACGAAGCAGAGAGGAACAGAAGACGAGAUCGAUCGUGCCGCUCGAUCACCCAGUCGAGCCCGAGCAGCCUUUUAGGAGAUAUCACGUUUGUACUGAAGACUGGUCCACAGCCGGCCGAACGCACUCGGCCGGACAGGAAGGGAAUUUGGUUCGCUCGGCCUUCAUCAGGACCGACCUGCAAGACCACACCGUUUGAUCCGGGAAGCAUUUCCCCGCGGUCGACCAAGAUUUACCACAUGUCCCAUGCAGCCAACCGAGCGCAGCGAUCGAUCCGGGGAGCAAUGACCCGCGCUCGACCCAUUCCUCGACAUGCGAUCAAAGCAUCCGGCCGAACGCACCGGUCGACCAGGAAGGCAAAGGACCACGGUCGACCCAGAUCAUCACCUCACGACCAAGACCAUUACAUCACGGCCGACCACAUCCCUUACACGGUCGACCCGAUGUCCGCGAACAAGAAGCCCACUUAUGCAGUUUUGACAAUUCUCAGCCCAAUUAACCUAAACCGAAUUGUGAAGACCUAG